AUGUCGAGGCCCCAAUCCUUGCCCCCCCCCCCUAUACGGGGAGAAGAAACACCCUACAACUGGGCGAUCCAGGUAGGCAACGAUCCAGCGCUUAGUCUCAUGAUGCACCCAGCAGCUGAGAUGUUUUCAUGGGGUGAAGACGGAAUAUGCGAGAACUGCUUUCGGAAUCCGAUCAUGGCCAGAAAUGUAGUGGAAGAACCCCCUGAGUUAAUCGUUAUCCGGGCUCCUCGAAAGUUAUUUUCACGGCGAGAUCUAGGAUCAAUCCUUACUUCUGUUGAGCUCAGUAGUUAUUUGGAGCUUAAACAAGGAGUCUUUCAUGAUCAAUUUGUGAAGACUGAGGAUGUUCGUUAUGAACUAUUUGCUGUGUUUGUACAAGUUGCACCACGCCGAGCCGAACAACCUGAAAUAACAGAUGAAAAUGAACCCGUGGACGAUUAUAGAAGUAUGUUUAAAGCGAAGAGUCAAUGGGCUGAGUUCCCCGAAGAAAACGAGGAAGGGCCCUUCUUGAUCAACGACAUCGACGAUUGGGAGUGGAAUAGCGGACUAGCUAGCAUUGAUUACAAACGUCGAGGCUAUGUUUUGGCUUUUCGACGACUCGCAGAAGGGAUUAUCCCAUCCAAGCGAUCGAUCGAAUACCAAACCAGUCGUCUUGAUGACCUGGCGGUAGGGUUCAAUGCUAAUAUAAUCCCUAAUCCUGGCGUUAUGACCCUCACGUUCGAAGUAGGUGAAGGCAGUGGUGAAGGGCCUGAAGGCAGCACGACCAACCCUGAUACGAUUGUUGAUCGAGUCAGAAUGCGAGCAGUCCCUUUUGCGGAUUUAAUAAUGACAAUUCCCAUGGAUUCUCUUCAGUUCCCUGAAAACAACCCUACAGGUAGACUGUUGAUAGAAUUUCAGGAUCGUCAGAAUCAGGUCGUUGAGACGUUUGAGAUGAGGGGAAUAUUGAGAGAUCUUCUGAACAAGCGCCCGAAAGAAGAGCCUGAGGCAAAGAAACAUAAUGGUGUUAAAAAGACUCGGAGGAGACGAUCUCGCGUACGAGACGCGCUUAGGAAUGCCUUGAGAAGAAAGGAAAAGAAAGAAGAGGGCGAAGAGGGUGAAGGGAAUUAG